CUCCCAGGAGCCGCUUGUUAGAUGCGCCUGAGCUGGCAGUGUGGGGAAGGAGCCGAGGAGGAGAAGCGGGACCGCGCAGAUCGAAGGGGUCCUGCACAUCCCCCCUCCCACUGUCACCGGGGACAAGGUGUGUGUGUGAGAGAGAGAGAGAGAGAGAGAGAGGAAGAGGCACCAUCCGCACACUGUCAGCAGGAAGCCUUCAACAUGGGCAACCGAGGAAUGGAAGAGCUGAUCCCUCUGGUCAACAAGCUUCAGGAUGCCUUCUCAGCCAUCGGACAGAAUGCCAACCUAGAUCUGCCGCAGAUCGCUGUGGUCGGGGGGCAGAGCGCCGGGAAGAGCUCUGUGCUCGAGAAUUUCGUGGGCAGGGAUUUCCUUCCCCGUGGAUCUGGCAUUGUUACCCGUAGACCUCUUGUCCUUCAGCUGGUCACUUGCCCUACAGAACAUGGGGAGUUUCUGCACUGCAAAGGAAAGAAGUUUACAGACUUUGAAGAGAUCAGGUCGGAAAUCGAGGCUGAAACCGAUCGGAUCACCGGAACAAACAAGGGCAUUUCCCCUGUGCCAAUAAACCUUCGUGUCUACUCUCCAAAUGUGCUUAACCUGACUCUGGUUGAUCUUCCGGGUAUGACCAAAGUCCCAGUUGGUGACCAGCCAGUGGACAUUGAGUUUCAGAUCCGUGACAUGCUCAUGCAGUUUGUUACCAAGGAGAAUUGCCUACUUCUAGCUGUGUCUCCAGCUAAUUCAGAUUUGGCAAACUCUGAUGCCUUGAAAAUUGCCAAAGAAGUGGAUCCUCAAGGGCAACGCACAAUUGGUGUCAUAACCAAACUCGACCUGAUGGAUGAAGGAACAGAUGCUCGAGAUGUCUUGGAAAAUAAGCUAUUGCCUUUGCGGAGAGGUUAUGUUGGAGUUGUAAACAGAAGCCAGAAGGACAUCGAUGGUAAGAAAGAUAUCAAAGCCGCAUUGGCAGCUGAGAGGAAGUUUUUCUUGUCACAUCCUGCUUAUCGACAGUUCGCUGACCGCAUGGGGACCCAUUAUCUGCAACAAAUUCUCAAUCAGCAACUGACCAAUCAUAUUCGGGACACACUUCCAGGCCUGCGGAACAAGCUGCAGAGCCAACUCUUGUCCAUUGAGAAGGAAGUGGACGAGUACAAGAAUUUCCGUCCGGAUGAUCCAACUCGUAAAACCAAGGCCUUGCUCCAAAUGGUGCAGCAGUUUGCUGUAGACUUUGAAAAACGUAUUGAAGGUUCUGGGGAUCAGAUUGACACUUACGAGCUGUCUGGGGGUGCACGGAUUAAUCGAAUAUUUCAUGAACGCUUCCCCUUUGAGUUGGUGAAGAUGGAAUUUGAUGAAAAGGAAUUGCGUAGAGAGAUCAGCUAUGCUAUCAAGAACAUCCAUGGCAUCAGAACUGGGCUCUUCACACCUGACAUGGCCUUUGAAACGAUCGUCAAGAAGCAAGUUAAGAAGAUCAAAGAGCCGUGCUUGAAAUGUGUGGACAUGGUCAUUUCCGAGCUUAUCAGUACCGUUAGACAAUGCACCAAGAAGCUCAGCCAGUAUCCCCACCUACGGGAGGAGAUGGAACGGAUCGUCACUACAUACAUUAGGGAGCGAGAGGGGAGGACAAAAGACCAGGUUAUGCUGCUGAUUGACAUAGAACUUUCUUACAUGAACACUAACCAUGAAGAUUUCAUUGGCUUUGCUAAUGCACAGCAAAGGAGCAGCCAAACGAACAAGAAGAAAGCAUCUGGAAACCAGGAUGAGAUCCUGGUCAUCCGGAAGGGGUGGCUGACCAUUAACAACAUUGGUAUAAUGAAAGGCGGCGCAAAGGAAUAUUGGUUUGUCCUUACAGCGGAGAACAUGUCUUGGUACAAAGAUGAUGAGGAGAAAGAGAAAAAGUACAUGCUGCCCCUGGAUAAUCUAAAACUGAGAGAUAUUGAAAAGGGAUUUAUGUCCAGCAAACACAUUUUUGCCCUGUUCAAUACUGAACAAAGGAAUGUUUACAAGGAUUACCGUCAGUUGGAGCUGGCCUGCGAGACUCAGGAAGAAGUGGACAGUUGGAAGGCAUCUUUCUUACGUGCUGGUGUCUAUCCUGAGAGAGCUGUGGACAAGGAUAAAUCUAGUGAGUCGGAGGAGAAUGGAUCUGACAGCUUUAUGCAUUCAAUGGACCCUCAGUUGGAAAGGCAGGUGGAAACUAUCCGUAAUCUUGUGGAUUCCUACAUGGCUAUAGUCAAUAAGACCAUUCGGGACUUGAUGCCUAAAACCAUAAUGCAUCUUAUGAUCAACAAUACAAAGGAUUUUAUCCAUUCUGAGCUUCUAGCCAAUUUGUACUCAUGUGGUGAUCAGAAUACUUUGAUGGAGGAAUCACCAGAACAGGCACAGCACAGGGAUGAGAUGCUGCGCAUGUAUCAUGCUCUGAAAGAAGCCUUAAGUAUUAUUGGAGAUAUCAACGUAACAACAACCAGCACCCCUAUGCCUCCGCCUGUGGAUGAUUCUUGGCUACAGGUGCAGAACGUAGCAACAGGACGGAGGUCUCCCACGUGUAGUCCUACCCCACAGAGGAGAGCACCUGCUGUUCCCCCAGCCAGACCUGGCUCUCGAGGACCAGCUCCAGGACCACCACCACCUGGCACCACACUUGGUAGUGCACCACCAGUCCCCUCAAGGCCUGGGGCUUCCCCUGAUCCAUUCGGUCCUCCCCCUCAGAUUCCUUCAAGACCUAACCGUGCCCCUCCUGGUGUCCCUAGAAUAACUAUCAGUGACCCAUGAGGAAUACUCAUCACGGAAGGCUCCCGCUUCACCUACACGACCCACCAUUAUCCGACCUGCCGACCCGUCCCUCAUAGAUUAAUUAAUGGAGGCCUGGCUGCCGAAUACAGCUUUCUCCCUACCACCCUUUCUCCCAGCCCCCUCCCCCAUCACACCUCUUCCAGGCAUGGUGAAAACGUCCCCUCUACUUCACUGUGUUGUAAACACUGGCUCAGUGUCACUAUGUAUUGUAUUGUACAGAUGUGUAGUAUUGUCCCUUGCCGCACCAUAUUGUGAUGUUAAAACACCUGAAAUGUCUGGUCAAAUAUAUAUAUAGAUUUUAUUUUUCUUGCUUUUCCCAAAUGCCACUGCCCAUUGUUCCACCAGCUUCUGAAACGGAUUCACCUCAUUCUGUCUCAUGUUAUUCUGAUGUACGCUUUAUUUUAUGUCUUUUUUAAAUAUUGUCAUUGAAAAUAGUAUAACUAGCAGGCAAAAACAAAUAAAUUUGAAUUUCAUACUUUUGCUUACUGUUCAAAGUGUACUUGUCUGCUAUGCAAUGGAGGCAGCCAUGUUGUAGCCUAGCUCAGCUUUAUACUGCAGCUACUAAGCCCUACUGGAUUGGUAGGCUUCUGGCUGACUCAGUCUGCAGAAUCUCUACCUGGACCUGAAAGAGACACAAUUGAAAAUAAAUAUGUAAUAUUAGGAAUGUACAUGAGUUUAGUAUAUCUUUAUGUCAAAAGAUAGUCUGCACUUUCAUUAUACCUUUAUCUGUGUGUUAUCACACAAUGCCUCCUCAUUCCCCACAUUAUUCAUUCUGAUGUCGGGUAAAAGUUGGUGAAUCGCCAAAUAUUUGAACAAUUUGCACUUCCAGGUGCCAGUUUUGCUAUCAAUAAUUAGAGAACCCAGAAACCCUCAAUGCUUUGCGUAUUUUCAUUAUCUGCCAUGUUCAAGAGCCUAGACCUGUCCACGGCCAUGCUUCACUGUUGGCCUAUACCCAGAGAGAUAGGGCCAGGCUCUCCAUUAUGGAAAAUAGUGGAAAUUUGCAGUCGCCAAGAUUCUACAUUUCCAAAAGAGAGCUAAACAUCUGUGAAUAUCAUGUUUCUGGGAUUUUACCAAUGUUUACCUGGCUUAUACUUUUCUUUCCAACAGACUUUAUAAUCAUAUAAACCCCCCUCCUGCCACAUUGUUUCCAGUGUAGUAGGCCUGAGGUGGGGAUCAGUUACAAAUCACAAAUCCCUCUCCUGAUAACUAAUAAUUAUUUUAUCAGUCUUUCUGGUAAUUUGAAUGUAUUUUAGGAGUUAGUAAAGUACUAAAAAUUGUUAUACAUGGUAAUUUAACUACUGUUGGAUUCCUUUAUGAAGACAAGCUUUUGCCCAUAGAAGCCAGAUUCUAGCUGCUAUGACACUUGGUUGGUUGGUACAGGCAACAGACUUCUGUUUCUAUAAAGGAAUCCAUACAUGGCCAAGUAUAAGCAGAUGGUGGUCAUUUUAGACCCUCUAUGACAUUUGGCCACCAAUUCUGAUAUUUAUUCCAGUUAUUUAUUUAUCCAGGAAUCAAGAUGGAGAAGUCCACACAUGGGCAGCUUAAAGAGAACCAGCCACAGCUGGCUUAUGCCAGAAUCUGAAUUUUCCAUCUUUAGUUAUUAUAACUGCGCAGUCUUCCAUAUGCAAGAUUUAUGUUUGCCUUCUCUGUUAACCUCUUGUUACUUUGAGUCUGACCUUUCAGCUUAAGAAUCUGAGGUCACCUGAGAUUUGACCGUUUCUGUUCUGUCAUACUUUCUUACAGUUUCUGAGUAAUCAUAACAGUAUCAGAGAACACAAACCUGUAGUUGUUUACAUUCCUCUUAACUACAAAAAUUGGUUAUUUGACACUCUCAGAGGUGUGGAGAAACAGUGCAUGAGGUCAAGCAGUUGACAGGGCAGCCACUGUCCGGUGACCUCUGCCCUCUUAAGAUGAAGAGUCAGCCUUCAUGAAAACCUGCCAUGAGAACCUUCUUGAAAAAAAAAAAUCCUUAAUGUAGUUGCCAGUAAUGAAAGAGCUCUUAUUCUCAAGUCUACAAUGGUCUCUGUCUCCUACCUACUCCUUUCUAGCCUCUGUAAGACUCUUGGGCAUUCACUUUUUCUUGGGUUGGCGGAUGCACCCCCACACACUGUGGUUCCAUCUUCGAACCACUAUGUCACUACAGAACACAGCAGUGAUGUAGGAGUCCAAGUAAGGGGGUAUAAUGCGUUACAGAGACACAGGCAUCCCAAACUCUCUAAAGUGUUGAAUGCUGAAGAGUCUUACAGAGACCACAGUGCUGGAAAAGAGGCCCACGUAAGAGACAAGAAUAAUAGUUCUUGUAUUUCAGAGAACUUUACAUUUUAUUUUCCUUACAGGGUCUCUGUAAAUAAACCUAAAUAAGGAGAUAGGUUACAGAGAGUAAGCCUGCACAAUAGUAAUUUAGGAUUGAAUAUUCAGCUCUCAUCAUAAGCCACGUGGUGACUAGUUCUCUUUACUAUGGGCUGUAAAAGGCAUCUUUUCCGAUGACGUUACACGUUAGCUGUUGAAUAUUGUACCCUUUAAAGCUGAGCUAUGUUUAACUGAUCUUUUUCCUACCCUUUCUUUCUUUCCUUGACUGCAAUUAGAGCCGCUGGAGUUAGCCCAUCAAGGCCAGAGAGUCCUAAGCCUCACUAUGAUCUGUAAAGCCUCCCUGGGCUCAAACCGUUGCCUGCUUCCUAGCUUGUUCUGUCUUGGAGUGUGACACUUCCCACACUGUCUCUUCUGUUGUACAAUGGUUGUGAUACACGCAUCUCAAAUGUGAUUAUUGGUAUGAAUAAAACAAUCUCAAAUAUCAUCUUCUGUUACGUUAAGGAACGUAUGUUUGUGGUAGUGGCAUAUCCUUAUAUAAAUAUAUUAUAAAUAAUUCUAAAUAUAUAUAUAUAUAUGAGAUCUUAAAUAUACACCUUGGAGAUAUGUAAGCCAUUGUGCUUCCAUGUGAUUCUCAGUCUUUAGUAGAACAAAGAUGCCAGGGAAGUGAUUGGAUGUCAGUUGGCAGCUGGUUCUGUAUCUCUGCAUGAAAAGGAGCUUGGUGUGGGGAAAGAUUCUUGGUGCUGGUGUUUAGCUGUGAUACUUGUCAGAGCGUUGAAUAAAAUAUGUUUCUGUAAAAAA